AUGAUACUUGAAAAGUUUGUAGAGGAACAUAAAGGUUUCUUGGUAGCAUUUGGAUAUGGUGUAACAUCAGUAUCAAUUACAUUCUUUAAUAAAGCAGUACUCAGUUAUUAUGGCUUCGACUACUCAAAUGCCUUGACUCUUGGUCAAAUGUUAUUCUCUUUAUUCUUCUUGGUAAUAAUGAAACACUUUAAAAUGAUAUCAUAUCCUGAUUUAAAUAUGGAUUUAAUUAAAAAGCUAAGUUCAUUAUCACUUUUAUUUAUAUUGAUGGUUGUCUCUGGUUUGGCAGCGUUGGCCAAGACCAACGUACCUUUGUUCAGUGCGUUGAGACGUCUGUCGACAUUGAUCGUUAUCAUUGGUGAACGUAUUUUACUGGAAAAGAAAACACCAGCCGAUGAGAUACAGUCUGUGGUUCUGAUGGUAGUUGGUGCCAUGAUUGCAGGUUGGGGUGAUGUCACAUUCGACUUUAUUGGAUCGAUCUAUAUCUUAUUCAACUGCUUUGUCACAGCUGGUUAUCUCAUUUACAUCGCAAAGAAAUCAAAGGAAACUGGACUAAACACAUUCGGUCUUAUGUUCUACUGUAAUAUUAUAUCAAUUCCCGCAACCAUUGUUCUCACCGUCAUCACCGAAGGUCAAGGACUUUUACAAUAUGAAAACUACUCUAAUUUAGGUUUCCAAUUUUGUUUCUUAAUGUCAUCAGUCCAAGCAUUCUUGUUAAAUUAUUUCAUAUUUUUAUGUUCAACUUACAACUCACCACUGACAACCAGUAUUACAGGUCAAAUUAAAUCAAUUCUACAAACUAUAAUCGGUCUAUUUAUGUUUGGUGAUGUUGUUUUAUCUCUAGUUUUAGUUUAUGGACUAUUAUUAAGUACUUUGGCAAGUUUUUGGUAUACAUUUAUCAAGUAUAGGCAAACAAUUAAUAGAGCCAGAGGUGCAUAA